GUUUCCACUGCAUGUAUACUUUGUAUUAUGCACGAAUUUAGUACAUCAGGGAACAUUUGUCAUUAUAACUAUAUCCAUAUUAUGACCAAUAAGCAUAAUAAAAUCACGUCAGAAAUACUGCGGUUACUAUAAGUUUUCGAACACAGAUUCUGCGGUUAUUAUGACGCCCGUUGCUCAUACCUGAUCCAGAUCACAGUUUUUGGAUUUACUGUAACAUAUUUUCCUAUCAUAGGUUCUAGGUCCAUUUAUAGGGAAAAAAAAGUUGGAAGCCGUUCCUAGACUAACAUCGGAAGCAAGCAAGUUUGCACUAAUGAUGGAAGAUGAAAAGCAUAUGCAGGUGGUUGCAGUAGCAGCAUCCGAGAAGCCCGCACCAGCCAUGCCCCACGCAACAACAGUAGCGGAAUUCGGAGUCGUGGACGCGCCGGUGUGCUCAGCCCCCUACCGCUCCGCUGCAUCCCAUCUGUCUGCUUGUUGUCAUGGAGGAGCCAAGAUGGCGUUCCUGGCCUAUAGCCUAGGCAAACGGGAAAUAAAUCAGUAUUUUAGCAUUAAAAAUGCUAAAUUAUUAUCCGUCGCUGCCGUCAUUCUACUCACCCUGUUUCACACCGUUUCUCGGUAUUAUGGAGGCGGAGACACGUGUGAGUGGCUGCUGUCCAGUGGGCGGUACCUAGGAGAGACCGUAUGGCAGCCCUAUGGAUGUAUGAUGCACAAAUACAAAAAUACGGAAGCAAAGACUUGCCUUGCUGAGAAAAGGGUGGCCUUCGUUGGUGAUUCUAGAAUACGGCAGCUAUUCUAUUCAUACAUCCAAAUAAUCGAUCCUGCACAAAGAGCAGAUGGAAGAAAGCACGAGAACAUUCUCUUUGAAGACAGGAGCGCUUCAGUCAAUGUGGACUUCCUGUGGUAUGCAGAAGUGAAUAACUCUCUGAAGGAGCGCUUGAUAUCAUGGAGAAAGGAUCCUUCUAUAAAACCAGAUGUCGUCAUCAUCGGAGCUGCCACUUGGUCCAUCAAGUUGCAUGGGGGCAGCAGCGAGGCGCUGCAGCAGUACAGGGCCAACCUCACAGCCAUCUCCUUGCCUCUGGAACAGCUGGCUGAGGAUGGGGAGGUCUACUGGGUCUUACAGGACCCUGUUCAUGAGGAGGGUCUGAGUGACAACAGGAAGAUGAUCACUAACGAGCAGCUGGAGCUAUACAACAAGGUGGUGCUCAGCACUCUGAACAGCAACAAGAAGAACUCCAAGGCCAGAGUCAGGUUCCUAGGCGCCUCGCGCCAGGCUGCUAUGGAAACCAUCACCCAAUCAACUGAUGGCCUGCACCUUCCCGAGAGCACCCGGAACGUGGCUGCCAUGGUGCUGAUGAACGCUGUGUGUAACAAGGUCCUGCGGCCCAUCGACGGCUCCUGCUGCCAGGCCCUGCCAGCCCCCAGCCUCCUCCAGAAACUGACGGCCUGUGUCUUCCUGGGCUCAGCCCUGGUCUUCCUGGUGCUCCAUGCUCUGGGCCACAACAGGAGCUGGAAGUCCCGGCCCACGCCCCCCGACGUGGAGAGCGGUGAAGAGAAAAAGCCAGCCACGGCAGCGUCUCUGCUUAACCACAAGGCUCCGUUCCAGGCCCUGUGUAAGAUGGGCCUCAUCAUGGUCUACUUUUACCUAUGUGACCGGGCCGACGUCUUUAUGAAGGAGCAGAAGUUCUACACCCACUCCACCUUCUUCAUCCCCCUCGUCUAUAUGUUUGUCCUGGGGAUCUUCUACAGUGAGAACAGCAAGGAGACCAAGCUGCUGAACAGAGAGCAGACUGACGAGUGGAAGGGCUGGAUGCAGCUGGUCAUCCUCAUCUACCACAUAUCUGGAGCCAGCGUUUUCAUCCCCGUGUACAUGCAUGUCCGUGUCCUGGUGGCAGCCUACCUCUUCCAGACAGGAUACGGACACUUCUCCUUCUUCUGGCUCAAAGGGGACUUUGGAUUAUACAGAGUGUGCCAGGUCCUGUUCCGUCUCAACUUCCUGGUGGUGGUGCUGUGUCUAGUGAUGGACCGGCCGUACCAGUUCUACUACUUUGUGCCCCUGGUCACCUUCUGGUUCGUCGUCAUCUACGCCACCAUGGCCAUGUGGCCCCAGAUACUGCAGAAGAAAGCCAACGGUAGUGGAAUGUGGCACGUUGGGAUUCUAGUGAAGCUGCUUGGGCUACUCCUGUUCAUCUGCUUCUUUGCUUAUUCACAGGGGUUAUUUGAGAACAUUUUCUCAGUAUGGCCCAUCUCCAAGCUCUUUGAGCUGAAUGGAAGCAUUCAUGAGUGGUGGUUUAGGUGGAAGCUGGAUCGAUUUGCCAUUAUCCAUGGCAUGCUGUUUGCCUUUGUCUACCUGGUACUACAGAAGUGCCAGGGCCUCUCUGAGGAGAAAGGAGAGCCUCUCUUCUCCACCAGGAUCUCCAACAUUCUACUCCUCAUCUCUGUGUUCUCAUUCAUGACCUACUCCAUAUGGGCCAGCAGCUGUAAAAACAAGACCGAGUGCAACGAGCUGCAUCCCUACAUCUCAGGACUCCAGAUCCUAGCCUUCAUCUUAAUCAGGAACAUUCCCGGUUACUCCCGUUCUUUAUACAGCUCAUUCUUCGCAUGGUUCGGGAAGAUCUCCUUAGAGCUGUUCAUCUGCCAGUACCACAUCUGGCUGGCGGCGGACACCAAGGGCAUCCUGGUGCUGAUCCCAGGCAACCCCUCGCUCAACAUCAUCAUCAGCACCUUCAUCUUUGUGUGCGUGGCCCACGAGAUCUCUGUGAUCACCAAUGACCUGGCCCAGGUGGCCAUCCCCAAGGACGGGGGCGCCCUGCUCAGGAGGUUGCUUGCCGCCGGGGUCUUCACCCUGGGCCUACUGCUGGUGUCCAGGAGCGCUGAAGGGAACCAAGGAGGCCACUGAGGAGGGGGGCAGGUACCACAGUGGGGGAGAGGUAGAUUGAUUUCUAGACUGAGACUGACUGACUUGUUAGUCUUCCAUGCCCCCAGGGUCGUAUUCAUUUGGCACCAAGCGGAAUAAAAGGGUCUGAAAGAUUGAGGGACGUCCUGUUUCAUUCCAUACGUCAUGCCUCAAUAAAUACGACGGGGGUGAACAGACAGGUCAAGUUGAGGACAAGGAAAUAUCUCUGCUGUCUGUCUUUUGACUGCUCUGAGUACUGGGGUGAAAGUGAUACACUGAAGAGGAUGAAGUCCCAACGUGGGCCCACACCCCACGGAGCAGCACGGAAUAAAGUUCUGACUCCUUUACUAUAGACGUUUACAAUAGAAGAAGAGUGAGGUGGUGGUGGGUUCGAAGAUGUGUGGAUUUUAAACUAGCUUAAAGGUGCUCAUGCUUGCUGUGUGGUCCGUGCAGCAUUUGCCCCACCCUUAGCCAAACCAUUCCCCUGUUCUCUCUCUCUCUCUCGCUCCAUUCCUCUAGGUUAAUCACUCACAGCUGUUGGUCUAAAGCAGCUCAAUCUGGGAUGGACUUUUCACUGAAAGCAGAGCGAGCGUGCUCUCUCCUGCUCUCUCGCGCUCUUUCUCUCUGAUGGUGGUAACAGUGAAGAGUGGGUAGAAAAACAACGGAUUUGCAUUGCUUCCCAAAUGGCACCCUAUUCCCUAUGUAGUGCACUACUAGUGUGGCAUUUAGGAUGGAAAGAAACUUGUGCUGAGAGGUCAUGGUCACCUAGCUCUGUUUUAUUUACAGUAUUAAAUUAUUUAAAUUAAGCUUAUAUUUUACAGGGUUUUAGUUUUUCAUUUUAAUAUUCAGAGCCUAUGACUACUUUUUGUGAAGGAAGUAUUGCAUGGGUAUUUUUAGUUUUUAUCACCACCUGAAAGACUAGCCAGGCCAGACAGAAGAUGCACUUAUGAAUUUCUAUCGCAGAAUGUUGUUGCAUUCUGGGUCUGACACAACCACUUGUCUGUGUUCGUGCACGUUUGCGCGUGCGUAGUUUGUUGUUUCACCAACUUAUCCUGGUAUGUUGUAAGGAGAGGUGUAGGAUGUUCAUUCUGUGUUGCUCGUUAGUCCUUCUCUUAAACCAGGCUUCUCAGGGCUACAAUAGAACAGGCACUGCUUUGUACAUACAGAUAACUGACCAAAUAAAGGAAACACUUGAGUUAGUGAGGGACAGCGUUUCCCAUCAAAAAAACAUCAAAUUAUGGAAUUUCUCAUGGAAGAAUAGUGUCACAUCCCUCCAAUAGAGUUCAAGACACUUGGAGAAUCUAUGCCAAGGUGCAUUAAAGAUGUUCUGGUGGCUCAUUGUGGCCCAACACCCUAUUAAAACACUAUGUUGGUGUUUCCUUUAUUUUUGUCAGUUACCUGCAUCUACUGUACCAUGUUAGAACUUCUGACAAAGCCUACUUUCAUGUGCAUCAGUAGCUACCACUGUAGCCAGGCCACUGCUAAUGGAUGAGUGAACAGAUGGAUGAAUUCUGCACCUGACUGAAUGCCUUCUACUCGCUACUGUUUUCUCUUGUCAGUUGUCAUACGGCAUCAGUGCCACGUUUGCAUUGAUAUCUGACGCGUCGUGAUGCUUGAUGAGGUAUUUAAAAGAAGUUGAGUGAAUGGAAAGUGUUGCUGUAGAAUAAAAAGCAGUACUUCAUGUUGAGCCUGUCAUGUACCUACAGAUGGACAAUAUCCACCAACAGUAAAGCCUUCUUUCAGACAACACUUCUUUGCGUGUAUUUUCAAAUUCUGCUGUGUUAGCUAAGUUUAUACACAGGAAUGUUAGGAAUGAAUCGCUUCAUAUCCAGCCAGUUGUUGAAUCGUUUUGAUUCAAUUUUGAGCCAUUGGUUAUAGUGGCCAAUAUUCAACACCCCUUAAAUGUGUAAAUCAACUGCUUAAAGCUUGAUGUUAAGGCAACGUUGCAAAUAUUGUAAGUGUACAUUAAGGCGGCAAAUUUAUUUCUUCUUUAGAAUUGUAUCUGUAAAUGUUCUGUGCCAUAGAAGGUUAAUGGACUUGGGUGUACACUGUUGAUUUACUUCAGGUUCAUCUAGCUUCUCAAUCAAAUGAAAUCAAACGUCUUGGCACUAGGGGUUAUUCAGAAGACUAAGUGCAUCCCAAAGGGCACCCUAUUCAAUACACUACUUUUGACCAGGGUCCAUAGGGACAUACGGUAUGUCACCUAUUUGCUUGUAAACUCAAAACAUGACACAUUUUGAUUAAUUGAUUUAUUGAUGAAGGAUGUUGGUAAAAGGAUGGCAAUUAUACAGAAUCUUGUUCAGUGUCAACCUGUUUUUCCAUCUGAGAAACAUUUUGAUAGAUUUUGUUUGCCUAUUUUGAUUUACAGUAUUUUGAUUUUCUAUAUGUUAUUCACUACUGGGGAUAUCUUUUUUAAUUGGUUUUGGUUCAAAUUGAAAGAAGCAACAACUUUGUUUACCCCAGAGCCUCAAUAGAUGUUUUAGGUACAUUUAUAUUAUUUUGUGACAUUUUAAUGUGAGUUGUACCCAUUUUAUUUAUAGAUACUUUUUAUUUGUAUUCUACAUUGUCAAUAAUACAAACCUUCCUAAAAAUCU